CUCCAGUGAUGAGUAGCAGGGAGAUCCCAAGUGGCUGUGAGCUUUUCACAAUCCACUCUCAGAUAAAAAUGUUGCUUGGCGAUGUGAAAGCUGAGCUGGUUUAGCUCAUUGUCCAGAAUGUAGAUUUUUGCCUCAGACAACAUAGAGCAGGAAGCUGUAACUGAUGUUUGCUGUUUGGGAAGUACCAGGCCACUACAUACUGCAUAUGUAUAAAGGAAACAUCAUUAGUAUCCCUUUGAGAGAUACACAUUCUACAGCUGGUCAAAAGAGCAUUGGAGUUAUACAAAUCACAGGGAGCAUGGAGGCCUAAGGCUUUCUGAGAUACUUUCUAGCAGAGUGUUUGUCUUUCUGUCACGAAACACUUCAAACACAAAGCAAAAAAAGAAAAAAAAAAGAAAAGAAGAGAAAAGAAAAGAAAAACACAAGCCUUCAUCACACUGGCUUAACGAUUAAUAUGCUACCAUGUUCAUUUCAUCUCAUUCUUUCUAGUUGACAUCUUAUUGAGGGAUAGGUGUUCUAAAAACAAAGGAGAGGUGAGAGAGAUGACUUGUGGUUAAAAGCUCUGUCUCAUCUUCUAGAGGACACAGCUCAGUUCUCAGCAUCCAUACUGGACACAUCACAACUGUCUUGAGAACCCAUGCUCCUACACACACAUUCACACAUAGGUGCACACAUAAGCAUCAUUGAAAUAAUAAAAAUAUCUUUUGAAAGGAUAUUUGAGCUUUUGCUUUCUGUUUUAUUUCUCCUUUUGAAGAGUCUCACUGAGUUCCCCAGGUCGGUCUUGAAUGCAUUCUGCAGCCCAGGCAGGCGUUGACCUUACUGCUCUCUUGCAUUAGCCUUCAGGUAACUGGGGUUACAAAGCCUUAGACACAAAGCACAACCCUAUUCUUUAACUCUUCUGUACUUAAAAAUGACUACACUUAAUGAUUCAUGUGUGUGUGUGUGUGUGUGUGUGUGUGUGUGUGUGUGUGUGUGAACAGCAGGACACUAGAGUACUCCUGUGCUUAUGUGCAGUCAGAGGACAGCUUGCUGGAAGCAGCUGGCGCCUUCCACUAUGUGGGCCCCACAGUUAGAACUCAGGUCCUUAGGCUUAAAGACGAUUUCCUUUACCUACUGAGCCAUCUUGCCUGCCCCCUGUUUCUUUCUUUCUUUAUUUUCUUAGAGGUUUGCUUUAUUUUAUGUAUACAUGAGUGCCUGUAUGUGUAUCAUGUACCACAUGUGUGCCUGGUGCCUACAGAGGCUAGAAGAGGGUGUCCAACCCCCUGGAACUGGAUCUACAGGUGAUUGUAAGCUGCCAGGUGAGUGCUGGAAACCAAAACCAUGUUCUCUGCAAGAGCAGCAAGUAUACCACUAUACCUGGCUGGCUUGAGUGGAGCCAUUGGACAGGAUGGCUGAUGGCUUCGACUCAUGAAUCUAUGAAUAGAAAACCCUUAUUUUGUAUACAAUGCAGUGAUACCUCUAUAAGUUACACUUUGUUCUAUUCAGUUUAUUUUAUGUCCUCGUUAGCAAAUGCUGUCUAUGGGAUUUUUCUCAACUCGACUCAUUAAGACUGUUUUUCUAACUACCAGGAACCCAAAACACCAAAGUGACCUCCAGACAGUAACAUGAGAAUAAUACAGGAUACUUGAAAACGUCAAAAUAAAGGUUGAGUAUUGGUAGUCAUGUCAGUAAGUCCCAGAUUAGCCAACACUACAUCGUGAGAUCCCGUCUCCAAAAAAACAAAGAAAGAACGAGAAAGAGAAAAAGAUGUUAAAGCAAAGAGUCCCUAGGUCACUAUGGAAUCAUUAUCCAGGGAGGGCAGCGAGGUUCCUGAAAGCUGCAUUUUGCUUGCUAAUCUACUGCGGUACCCAGGACAGAAUUCAAGCUUUGCACACACCAGACACGUGCUCCACUGCAGAACUGCAUUCCCAGCAUGAAAGCUGCAAGCGUUCCAUGCUAUUCCAAUGUAUUCCGUGGCUUGGCCUAUGGCCUUGCUGGACCCAAACCGCGAAUUAGGAUUGUAGUUAGCUGUCUUGCAACACUCUUGGUUUCCUCUGCUUCCUCUCUACUGCAGUGCACCGAGUAGCCCUGGCCUGUGGCAGUGAGUUCUUUGGGGCCAUGCUUCUGAGUGGGAUGAGGGAGUCCCAGGGCACAAAGGUGACUCUGCGUACCAUCUCUUCCCAAGACCUGAGACUCCUCGUUUCUUUUGCCUACACUGGAGUUGUUCGAGAAAGAUGGCCAGGAUUGCUAAGAGCUGCCCAGGCUGCUCUGCAAUACCAGAGCUCUUCCUGUCUGGAUUUGUGUCAGAAAGCCUUGGCACAAAGCCUCUGCCCCGCCCUUUGCCUAGCUUUGUUCCCUAUGAUUGAGGCCCCUGGCUUGGAGAAAGUCUGGGGGAAAGCCCACGAUUACCUCCUCAGUCACCUGCCUGCUGUGGCUUCGUGCCCUACCUUUUCAUCCUUGCCAGUUACCUGCCUGGCUGAGCUCCUGGACAGUGAUGAACUCCAUGUGCAAGAAGAGUUUGAGGCUUUCUCAGCUGCACGGUGUUGGCUGGCUGCCAACCCCGAGACCCACGAGUCAGAGGCCAAGGCACUGUUGCGAUGUGUUCGCUUUGGCCGCAUGUCUACCAGAGAGCUGCGAAAGGUGCGGGCAGCUGGGCUCCCCCCAUCUCUGCCCCCCGAUCUGCUGUACCAGCUGAUGGUGGAAGCUGAAGUUCCAGGUCAAGAGAGAUGGAGGGAGCCUGACCAAGCCCUGGUGGUGAUUGGUGGGGAUGGGCUUAGACCUGACAUGGACCGAAGACAGCCAUCAUGCAAAGUGUGGUGGGCCCGGGCAUUUCACUGUGGCAUGGGUCUGGUACGAACUGUGGAGUGGUGCCGGCUGCCCAAUUUGCCUGCCCCAGGGCGCUUUCGGCACGGAGCUGCGAGCCUAACAGGAAGUGAACUCUAUGUGUGUGGGGGACAGGAUUUCUACAGCCACAAUAGCACUCUGGCUUCAACUCUCAGAUGGAGUUCCAGUCAAGAAGACUGGGAGGAGAUGGCACCUUUGUGCCAGGCUCGGAGCUUCUUCCCUUUGGUGGUAUUUGAUGGACAGCUUUAUGCCCUAGGUGGACGAGACAAUGGUGUUGCCCUUAAUUCUGUUGAGACCUAUAACCCUGAACUCAAUGUCUGGAGGCCAGCACCUGCUCUUCCAGCUCCAUGCUUUGCCCAUGCAGCUGCUAUCCUUGAGGACCGAUUAUAUGUCAGCGGUGGCUGUAGCGGGACUGGCCAGUACUUGGACUCACUGAUACACUAUGACCCCAAACUUAAGAGGCCUGGGACGCUUCUGAGCCCAAUGGGAGUUGCCCGGGCUAGCCACGUGAUGGCGGCACUGGGUGGGAAGUUGUAUGUGGCAGGUGGAGUAGGGGACACUGGGGACCUACUAAGCUUUGAAGCCUAUGAACCAAAGAGCGAUAGCUGGACUCAGCUGGCAUCCUUGCCCUCCCCCCAUGUGGGGGCUGCAGGUGCCGUGCUACAGGGGGAGCUCCUGGUACUAGGGGGCUACAGCCACCGUACUUACGCCAUCUCCCACCUUGUUCAUGCCUACUGCCCUGGUCUGGAUCGCUGGCUAUGCCUGGGGACUCUGCCAAGGCCUCGAGCUGAGAUGCCGGCCUGCAUCUUGACAUUGCCCAGUGUGCAGCACAUAGCUUUGGUUCCUACUCAGCACCAAAACAAACCUGCUGGGUGACUGAGGAUCAGCAGGUUGUGAGGGAGGAAGGGAUAAGCAAUACCACGACAAAAGGACAGAACUUAUGAGAGGAGAAGACGGUCUUACUUGCUUGUUUACUUUUUAAAGUUAUUAUUAUUAGGAAGGUUUUUUCAAUUGUAGCUCUGGCUGGCCUUGAACUUGAUAUGUAGCCUGGGCUGGCUUCAAACUCAAAAUCCCCUGGGUGCUAGGAUUGCAUGCUCUACCCCAUCUUGAUUGAGAGGCAUGGUGAUGAUGGUGGUGGUGGUGAUGUCGGUGAUGAUGAUUGACAGGGUCUCUUGUAUCCCAGGCUGGCUUACAACUCCCUAUGUAGUCAAGGAUGACCUUGAGCUCCUGAUCCUACUGCCUCCACCUCGAAAGAGUUGGGAUAGACGGGUGUGGGGGUGCACGCCUUUGAUCCCAGCACUCGGGAGGCAGAGGCAGGUGGAUUUCUGAGUUCGAGGCCAGCCUGGUCUACAAAGUGACUUCCAGGACAGCCAGGGCUACACAGAGAAACCCUGUCUCGAAAAACCAAAAAAAACAAAACAAAAAAGAAAGAAAGAAAAAAAGAAAGAAAGAAAGAAAGAAAGAAAGAAAGAAAGAAACAAAGAAACAAAGAAAGAAAGAAAGAAAGAAACAAAGAAAGAAAGAAAGAAAGAAAGAGUUGGGAUCAUAGGCAUAUACUACCACCCCUGAUCAACCUUAGGACUUCCUGCAUCCUAAGUAGGUAUUCUGCCUACUUACCUCUAUUCUUAACCCUCAAAGAAGGCUUUAUUCUUUUUGUUUGCUUGUUUUGUUUUUAAUUGUUUAAUAUUUAUUUUAUGGAGAUGGGUGUUUUGCUUGCAUAUCUGUGCACACAUUUGUAUCUGGUGCCUGCAGAGGCCAGAAGAGAACAGCAGAUCCUUUGGAGCUGGACUUACAGAUGGUUGUGAGCAACAGUGUGGAUGCUGGGAACUGAUCCCUGGUCCUUGGGAAGAGCAAACCACUGAGCUAUCUUUCCACCCCCUGCUUUUGUGAUUUGAGGCAGUCUCAUUAUGUAGUGCAGAUGAGAAGGCUUUGUUCUUGAUGGUAUUUUACUGCACAUUACACCUUGAAACUCAUACACUGCUUUUGUAUAUGAUCUCUACUAAGAAAAGGGUACUUCUAGAACUCAUGGGAAGCAGGCCUUGGAGAAAAGAUUGGCAGAUAAAUAUUUGGGUAUAGGAGGCAACCAGGAAGAACUCCACAAGGAUUAAAGAGGAGUUUUGUUUUGUUGUUGUUAUUUUCGAGACAGGGUUUCUCUGUGUAGCCCUUGCUGUCCUGGAACUCACUCAGUAGACCAGGCUGGCCUCGAAGACAGAGAUCUACCUGCCUCUGCCUCUCAAGUGCUGAGAUUAAAAGGCUUGUGUCACCACUGCCCAGCAAAGAGGAGUUUUUUGUUUUUGUUUUUUUCGAGACAAGGUUUCUCUGUGUAGCCCUGGCUCUCCUGGAACUCACUCUGUAGACCAGGCUGGCCUCGAACUCAGAAAUCUGUCUGCCUCUGCCUCCCAAGUGCUGGGAUUAAAGGCGUGUGCCACCAUGCCCAGUUACCAAAGAGGAGUUUUUGAUGAAAGAAAUACAGUUAGUUGGGAGUUAAAAGUGGAACUUUUUGGUAGAGUACAUAUUUGGUAUGCAUAAAGUUCUGGUUCUAUAAUCUCUGAAAAGUUUUUUUUAAAAGUAAAACAAGCAAACAAACAAACAAAAACCCAGACUUCAGUAAUCAAAGUAUAGGGACCAGGAAAACACUGGGACAUUUCAAAAAUCAGUGGAGGAGUUUGGAGGGAACUAAACAGUCCUCCCUUUCUUUGGCAUUUUACUCUCUAGUCUCCAGGAUGCCUGAAUUUUAGCCAUAUUCUUUCUUGGGUAGUUUUGUAGGCCCAGCCUUGACUCCACAGGUUGCCUGUGGAGUCUUUUAGUUCCCACUUGAGACAGAAAUGCCCAGGUCUGACUACACGGGCUGUACCAUUAGGUGGUAUACCCAGGGAAUUCUGGCACUUGAAAGGAGGAAGCAGGAGGAUCAGGAUUUGAACUGUUUCAAGAAAACCAAACCACAUCCAACAAAACAAACAAACACCAAAAGGGAGAAGCUCCCAUCAAGAAUUGCACAGCACAGGAACCUGAAGCCAGGCAGGACUAGCAGGGUGAGGUGGGAGCACUCUAGGGGUUGGGGAGGAGAAAGGCCAAGCAGAGAGCAUCCUUGGUAGAAAAAAGGAAAGAAUGAGGUUUGAUGAGAUGGUGGGAGAAUCCACUCAAAUGUCUUUCCUUCCCUUUGGAUGAACUCAAGAACCAGGAUGGGAUCAAGACGAUGAGAGAACAUGGCUGAGAAGGUGACAGAUAAAGAAAGGCAGUUGGGAAGGAAGUUUCUUCUUGUCAGCCCCUUCCCCUUCACAUUAUUUUCGACUUGUUUCCUCUAUUUUUUUGUUUAGGUUUUUGUUUAUUUUGUUGUUGCUCUAGACAAGGUCUCAUGUAGCCGAGGCUAGCCUCAAUCUCAUUGUGUAGCCGAGGCUAGCCUCAAUCUCAUUGUGUAGUUGGGGAUGUCCUUGAACUUCUGAUCCUCCUUGUUUCCAACACCAGAGUCUUGGGAUUACAGGUGUGGACCACCAUGAUGGGGUAAAUGUCUAUGUUUAAGAUAGGCAAGGAAUAUAGUUGAAAAUGAGAAAGUUUAGUUAGACUACAUAAAAGAAAAAAGAAGAUUGAAAAAGAAAAGGAAGAAGGGAAUUGGGGGGUGCACAUUUUUUUGUGAUUUGUUCAUAAAGAUGAGCUUAAAUAAAAAAUUUCGCAUGGACAAAAUAA